AUGAGGUCGUGGCUGCUGCUGCUGCUGUCCCUGCUCGUCUCUAACCCGAGCCCCCUCAGAGACGGGGACGGGGUCAUGGAAAACUGGAGUUUAUGCGGAAAUCUGCUCCUCUGUGGACGGGUGACUCCCACAGGAGCAAGGAUACUUCAAACUGAAAACUGCUCGGUGUGUAUUCAGAGGAAGUGUGUGUUUGUCUCUGUGCAGCACAAACAGAGGACGUCCCCCCUUCACCCUGUUCCCUCAGAGGACGAUGGACGCAGUCGGUCUCUUCAGGAACUAACGGGAAUCGACAGGAGUCACAUUCCAGCACCGGUUGUUUCUCUUCUGUGUGGAAGGAGGAAGAGUGUCCCUACUUUGCACAAGCUGCGUGUAAUCUCUGGUGAGGAAGCGGGUCGUAUUCUGAUGAGGACGAUAAAAGAUCUCCCGUUUUCAGGGUCCGCAUGGUUUCUGCAUCAUCUCGCCGCCGCCUCAGGCUGCAAUUUCCAGGCUUCCUUAUUACAGAAAUCCAAGAACUGGAGCCCCGCCAUUGUUGUUUGGCUGAAGAAAGUGCUGACAGAGAGAUACGGCGCUGCUGAAACAGAGCUAAUUUCCUGCUGUUUUAAAGAGAGUGAAGUAAAACAAGCGCCGUCCAUCAGAGAAACGUCCAAGAAAAAACAUAAACUGAAAGGACAAAUAAGACAAAAAGAGAGCGUGAUGGGCUCAAAAGUACUCAUGGAGCGUGAUUCAGCGCCGCCUUCAAAAGCUUUUGUCAAUCAAUACGAGGCUUUCAAAGCGGCUUCUCUGCACCCUUCAGAUAAAUCUCAGUUACAGAGGCAGAGAAAAGCAGCGAGAGUUAUAAAGAAAAAUGACUAUUUGAACUUCUUGUUUCAAAACACUGUUCAGAGGGAGCAAUCUUUAAAAGCAUCGGGUGUGUAUGAUGAUGAUGAUGAUGAUGAUGGAUUUUAUGUUAAGAGAAAAGUCUUGUUGGUUCCCAGAGAGGAGCCAGAAUCCAUAAAUAAACUGCG